GAAAGGAAACGAGGAUGCACAAUUUUAGAAAUGAAAAGAACCAAAUAACUCAAUGGCUCAAUAACAGACAUUAAUUUGUCAUUGUAAAGCUCUGCAUUAAUGGUCACUGAACGAAUCGGUGAAUGACAUCAAAAUAGUUACAGUUGUUCCUCGUUAGAUGGCGCCAAAGCUUCAAAAUGUAAUUUGACGUUAUACAACUUCGAUUAACUUUGUUAAUAUUAUGAGGCAUUCUCGAUUUUAAGUCCAAUCUUGGUGAAUGAUAAACCAAAAUCUUUAAAACAACAUAGAUGAAGAGACUAAUGUAAGCAGACAUAUCUGUCCAUUUUGUGGGCAAGUUUAGGUCUGAGAAAAUGAAACUGAAAGCAUAGGGAAUCUCAUUUAUGAACAUGGCUUCGAAUUACGAAGAGGAUUUGGUUGAGAGCAGACAUCAAAUGUCAGACUCUGAGGAUAGCUCCUCUGGUUUCAGUGACAGUGACUCAGACUCUGAAACAGCCUCAGAUUCUGGCUCCAGCUCUGGAAAUGAAGCAGUCAGACAUACCACUGCCAAGAUAUGUAAGAGUUAUAAUCAUGGUUGCUGCCAUUAUGGAGACAAGUGUUGGAACCUGCACAUAUGCUUACACCAUGCAAAAGGCAACUGUCGUUAUGGUGCCAGGUGUCGUCUCAACCACAAGAGUUCAUCUUCAUCACCUAGACAAAGUGAACGUCCAGGAAGAAAAAAUCAUGGAAGGAUCCAAAGUCCCUCACCUGUUGAAAAUGAUGGAGACGAUGAUAGGCCCUACAGGUGGCAGCUGGAUAUUGGAAGAGGCUGGGAGGACAUUGUCCAUGAUUACAUACUAGAAGCCCAAUAUUCACGCCCCAACACCAAAGGAAUCAAGAUCUAUAACACUCGUGCUGGGGCUAUUUCAAUAGAUUUUACUAAGAUGAGAGUUCUUAAGAAAACAAAUAUUAGAGUCCGCCGUAAAGAUUCAGGACAGACAGAGUGGCUCUGGUGGUGCCAAGAUGACCAAGGCUGGUGUCGUUAUGGGGAGAAGGGUUCUAAGGGCAAAGCCAGUACACUUCAGAGCUCAAAACUAGAGCAGGAGUACCAAAAGAACCGCAAAGGUUCUGUUCAGUUCAGCAUUGACUCCACCAAAUAUGAAGUUAACUUCAGAGGAAUGUCACAGAAAAAUGUAUCUACAGGCCAUAGCAGACGGGUUAGACGAUGCCCUAAAUAUGAACCUCAAAGUGGAGAUGGAUUAUCUUUGAAGUUCAAGAACCUGAUGGCUCCUCCAAAUAAGACCCCCAUGUGGCAGUUUGAAGGGAAAAGUGGAAACUGGCACACCUUCAAAAUCUCGGGUGGAUGUUCAGUUUCUAGUGCUGACAUUGAGAGAUGCUACAAACAGCAACAAAAAACCAUGACCUUCAGUGUAAAUGGUGACACUUACAUACUGGAUUUUUCAAGGAUGAAUCAAGUCAACCAGAGGACAAAUGCCAAACGCAAGAUCCAGCGUGUAUAAGAUCUUUCUGGAGAUUCUGGCUGAUGCUCAGGAUCCAAACAGGAAAUAUGAGUAUCAUUUAUUGUGGAAAGCAUUAUAUGUUAUUUACUUUAAUUUUAAGUACAAGUGAUUUUAAUGUUUUUAAUCUGUUUCAGAUUACAUUAGUGUCUUGUUUUGAGAACUGCCUUUAGAAUCAUUAUUCAAUUAUAUUAAACAUUAUCAAAGAAAAAUAUAGUGGAGACUGGGGAUGGUUGUCACACUUUUUACUCCAGUGAAUAAUUCUCAUGGUUGGUUUGUGUUUAACGGUCAGAUUCUGAUUUAAAGUCUUGGUUACAAAAAAGGCUAUUAAACAUUUCCACCAUUCAAUAACAGUUCAUUAAACACAAAUGUUAGACUUUUUUUUACUUUUAUUUUGGUUUUAUUGUGUUCACUUGUUUACCCAAUAGCUGGAAAUAGGAUGGAUUUCACAAAACAUAUCCUUAUUUGAGAGUAUUUUAAACUAUGUUUUGGAAAUCAACAUACAAAAACACUGCCAGAGAAAAAAAACACUCCUGUAAUUGGGCUUUUGUGAUGACUUCCCUGUGUUUCACUCCUAAAUUUAAAUCAAUGCAAUGUGCCUGAAGCAAUCUUGCACAGAUUUUGCUUUCUGUUUCUGAUGAUUUUUCUUUGUAAUCCUAUAGAAAUAUAUAUAUUUUAUGUUUAUUAAUGAAUGUGCCAAGACAAUUGUGCAUUGCAGAUUAUACUGUUCAAUAAGUUUGCAAUCAUAUUACCUAUGUAUCAUAUAGAUUUGUGUAAGUAACGGUUGAGAACCAAUGUUUACACUUCGGUUUGUUUAUUAAUUUUUCCAGUUUCAUUUUCUAUGCAAAUUAAAGUUUUCUUUUUUUUCUUCUUUUUUUAUCAUUAUUAUCAACAUGAUCACAAACUUGCUGAAAUGAUCUAUUAAAAAUUAAAUCAGGGAUACACACAAUGAUACUGUGUGGAUAUUGAGCAAUACACAAUAUAAUAUACAACAACACCUUGUAAUAUAGUCUAGAAUACAUGAUAAUCUGAUUUUGAAUUACAUUACAGCAUAAGAAUAUACAAACUUUGGACACUGUAGCAAUUAAUUAAUUUGUUAAAAAGAGAAAUUGCCUAUUUUUACUGGGUUUACAAAAUACAAACUGAACUGUUUUUAAUGGUGUAUGCAUGCUACACAGGGAUUUUGUAGCUCAUUUUUGCCUUUCUUAAUGCAUGUUGCUUGAUUUAAAAAUAAAUAA